AUGAGCACAUAGGACAUAAGCUGGUGUCAAAACAAGGAAAGGCUUUCAAGGAUCCUUCAGUCACUGCUGCAAGUGGACAAACUAUUUGGACACAUGAAGCGCUACAGUGUGCGAGAUCUUUGGAAGAACGUAACUGGAGGUCAGCCUCAGGAGGCCAGCUCUGGUGCCAGCCUGUCUGAAUCUAACGGCACUGAUGUCAGUAGCGUCACCCAAACCACCAGACAAAGCUCUGAUGAUUUUUCCAUGAAUGUGGUUUCGGGGAUGCCUGCCCAGCCACCCAGCGGCCCGGACAGCCAGGUGUCGGAUGGAGACAAAGCGGGAGCCACGCUGCUCUUCUCUGGUAUCUUCUUGAGUCUGGUAGGCAUGACGUUCACCGCCAUGGGCUGGAUCAACUAUGAGGUCAGUACCAGCUUUGAGUGGACUCAACUGCUCGGGCCAGUCCUGCUAUCUGUGGGUGGCACAUUCGUGCUCAUCAGCAUCUGCAAGUUUCGAAUGUUCUCCUGCCAAGCCUGCAAGGUGCCAAGCGACGAAGGAGUGCCUGAGAUAGACCUGCCACCUCUGGCAGGACCAUCUUUCGUCUUCUCCGGCAUCAAUCAACCAAUCACUUUCCACAGGGCCACGGUGGUGCAGUAUAUCCCACCACCAUAUACCUCGGUGGUACAGGACAGAAGCUUGACCCCUAUUAAUAGAUUUCAGUCCAGCCAACAGCCACUAGCUGUCACAGUGAGUGCACCACCACAGUAUUACAGUGUAUACCCAAUGGAUAACCCUGCUUUCUCGGAUGAUAAUGAAACACAGGAGCAAACGGCAUAUACGAGGGAAACCAGGAUACAGAAUCAAAGUGAGGAAGUGGAAGAAGAGAAAGCUGAAGCUUCAGAAAGCACCUCUCCACCGGCAUAUGAGGACCUUUUUCCCACCACAUUGUGUGACAGUUCUUCCAGAUAA